GCUCUCCUGUCCUCCUGGCAUUGGGCGCGGGAGGGUGAGGCGGGACUGCAGACCGCAGCAGGUCUCCGUGCUGUCACGUUCCUGCCCCGGGGCAGAUCGCGGUGCGGGUCGGCGGGACUCCGCACUCUGAUCGGCAUGGGGGGCCUGGUCUUUCUCAAUGCCCUGGUCACCAGGCUGCUGUUUGUGCUGCACUCGCUGGUGGGGGUCUGGCGAGUGACCGUCGUGAAGAAUGAGCCGCGGUACUGGCUACUGGCGUUACUCAACCUCCUGCUCCUCCUGGAGAUGGUGCUCGCCCUCAAGUUCAAGCGCGGCCGAGGCUACAAAUGGUUUUCUCCAGCUAUAUUUCUGUAUCUGAUUAGUAUUGUCCCAUCAUUAUGGCUUCUGGAAAUGCAUCAUGAGAACCAGCAUUGCAAUAUUCAAUCUGAAGGAAUAUCACAGAACAUGAGCAGAAGAGAAGACUUCAAUCAAACCCAGAAUCCUUAUCAAUCCCAUAUCAAUGGAGUGGAUGAUAUCAUUGAAACGGCCAGACUGUUUGUAAAUAACUUAUCUAGAGUAUGUGAGACAGUCUGGACUUUGGGCCUCCAUCAAACUUUCCUGUUACUGUUGAUCAUUGGGAGAUGGCUUUUGCCCAUUGGAGGUAACAUCACUCGAGACCAACUCUCUGAACUGCUCCUGAUGUUUGUGGGAACAGCGGCUGACAUCUUGGAAUUCACCACUGAGACUCUGAAAGAAAAUAAUGUGAGAAAUAACCCUGGACUUGUCUGUGGUAUUCUCCUUAUAUGGACUUGGAGUAUGCUUCAAUUUCCCCUUGACUUGGCAGUACAUCAUGCGGUGUGCCCUUCAUCUGAGAACGCGAGGAGAUUCCCCAUCCUGUUCUUUUGCCUGUACAGUGCGGAUUUGUGGAACAUUGGAAUCAGCGUCUUUAUACAAGAUGGGCCCUUUCUCAUUGUGCGUCUCCUACUGAUGACCUAUUUCCAAGUGAUAAAUCAUAUGCUCGUGUUCUUUGCCGUGAAGAAUUCCCUCGUGGUGGUGUUGCACCUCUACCGCUUGGUGGUGCUGGCAUUGGCUGCCCGUGCUUCCUUGAAAGAUCAUUCCCAGGGCCCCAAAACAGAGGGCAGCAGCCAGGCUCAAGCCUUGGAGAGCAAGCGCAGAGGCUGGGAGGGCAAGUCAAGGGAGGGCAUGGCUCUUCCCUUGCAGGCCUCACCAGUGACAUCCGAGGACUCCCACUCCACACCCUAGAUACUUAUUCCAAUUGGCCUGCAGCUAACUAGGUUUCUCCUUCUGCUCCUUUUAAGAAUACCCCUGUCUCUUCCUCUUUCCCUCUCUUUUUUGUUCCCUUUCCUUUCCUUUUCCUUU